AUGAAUUCACCUCUAAAAGAUCUAGAAUAAAUUUAAUUGAGACAAAUAGAAUAAGGAUACUAUCAAAACGAUACUGAAUAAAUUAUGUAGAUUCUGAAUUCAAUAAAGAUGAUUGCCUUUGAGAAUAUAUAUAAAAAACAACUUUAACAACCUCCAAUAAAAGAAAAUGAUCCUAAAGUUCAGAAUCAAGAUAAUGAAAUUGCUUAAUUUUACAGAAAUCAAUAUAAAUCGAUUGACAUUGUAGAAAGAUCUAAUUAAAGAUCAAGAAUGAUUAAUAAAAGACUAUUUGAAUAUUAAAAUAGAAAUACCCCAAAAAAUGUGAAAAUGGGGUUGCCUUUGCUUAAAAAUAGUGAAAAUUAAAAUAACUCUACAAAUAAGGCUACAAAACCAGUUUUUACUCCUUUUACUGAGAGAGUCAAACUUGAUAAGACUAAAACCUUAUUGAAUAAGACGAUGCAAUAGACUUUACAUGAUUUUAGUUAGUAGUGGAUCAAAAAUGAGAAUCAUAAUUCCCCUUCGAUACUUAAGAAUGGUAAAAAUUUAAAGCAAGGACAGUCUUUAUUCAUGGAUGAACUCACCAAUAGAGCUAAGUCUAUAAUCGAAUCUGCAAAAAUUAAUAAAAAACUUAAGCAAGCAAUACUAAAUUCUUAAGAAAUAUAGGCAUCAAAUAAUGUGAGGGACCAAUAAUUGGCAACAACUUAAAUUUAAUUGGGCAAUCUCUCAUUUUAAGUACCAAAAUGCAAUUAAUUUCUGGUGGAUCAAGAAAUGAGAAUCUUAAGAAGCAGAGUUGCAAAGAGAAUGAAGCCUAAUAUUCUUAUAAUUGAUUAAAGAAGAAUGUAGGUAUGA